AUGAUGCCAGCAGGGGACGAUGAUGGCAACAAGACCUUGCUCGCAGGGGGCGACCCACUGGAUUUCUUCGGAGCCAUCUGCAACCUAGUCGAGCAGAGCAUUCCGCCGGAAGACCUCCGGAACUACUCUUCCCAGCAGCCGUUGGAGAUCCCGGUGGUCAACAGAAGCAACAGUUUCGGCGGUAUCGUUGAGGAAUUACAAGCCGAGAACGACAGGCUGCGCGAGAGAGUGUUGGAGUUCGAGAGCGCAAGGCCUCUACAGGAGCAGGCGCGCCAGCUGGUGAGAGAAAGGGGAUCUACAGCAGUAGAGCUUGGGCACACUAGAUCUGAACGUGGCGAAGUAGGGGUCAGGCUCCGCGCCGCCUCCUGA